GAAGGAUCCAAAAGUUACACACUGUAUCAAGCAAAACCUGAUUGGUAGCAUGUCUGUAACAAAUUGAACUCUUAAGCCAAGUGUUAGGCUUCAACAUUAGAACUACACGAGUUAAUUUUUAACCCUUAACCCUACCCCGUAGUUAAAAAACAGCCUAAAACCCCUUAGAACCUCCCCUCAAUCACCUGAGCUCCAAAAAAAGCAAAAAAAAAAAAAGAAGCAAAAUCUGUUCUACAAACACUAGUCUUUUUCUCCCUCUUUUUCUUCAAACUCUUUCAUUACUCACUCAUCUGUCUCUCCUUGUUUUGGUAAACUACCUUAGGUUUACCAAAAAUCUCCAGCAAACAUACUCAAUUAUUAAUUUCCUCCAAACAUAAAACACAACCACAUUCUUGUAUAACACACACACACAAAAGAUUAUAUAUAAAUCUACCAAAAACUGAGAAAAACUAUACUUUUCCAAUUUCCAUCAAAACUACAUAAAUAAACAUACACCAUUCUCAUUCUCAUUCUCUGUCUUUUUUUAUAUCUGCAUUGUAAAUUUUGAAAUUCCUUUUUUUGAGGUAGGAUGAAGAAGAGGUCAAUUACUAAUGCAGCAGACUCCUCUGCUGCAUCGCCUUCGUCGCCGUCGUCGUCGUCUUCGUCUUCAUGUGUCGUUGAUUGUCAUAAUCAUCAUCGUAAUAAUCAGUUAAUUGAUGAUACUAAUGACAAGGAUGAAAAACCUCCUAAGCCUAAAAGAACUCGAAGAAAAAGAGUUUCUGUUAAUCCUAAAACCCAAAAAUGUCCCAUUAACCCCCCUGCUAAUCGUCGUAGCUCUAUUUACAGAGGUGUCACAAGACAUAGAUGGACAGGAAGAUUUGAAGCUCAUUUAUGGGAUAAAAGUUCUUGGAAUAGCAUUCAAAACAAAAAAGGAAGACAAGUUUAUUUGGGAGCAUAUGAUAGUGAAGUAGAUGCAGCGCGGACGUACGAUCUGGCGGCACUUAAGUACUGGGGACCAGAGACCACAUUAAAUUUUCCUAUAGAAAACUAUACAAAAGAGGUUGAAGAAAUGCAAAAUGCAACCAAGGAAGAAUACUUGGCAUCAUUGAGACGAAGAAGUAGCGGAUUUUCGAGAGGUGUCUCUAAAUACCGUGGUGUGGCUAGGCAUCAUCACAAUGGAAGAUGGGAGGCACGAAUUGGGCGCGUUUUCGGGAACAAAUACCUCUACUUGGGCACUUUCAGUUCACAAGAAGAAGCAGCAGCAGCGUAUGAUCUGGCUGCAAUAGAGUACAGAGGGGCAAAUGCAGUAACUAAUUUCGACAUUAGCAACUACAUUGGGCGUGUAAAGAAUCUUUUGCCUAAAGGUCAAUCACAACAACCGAAUCCCAAGCAAACUAAAACCAUAACCCCACAACGGCAGCAACAACAACAAAUAAAACAACAGGAAGAGGAGGAAGAACUUCAAGAACCAGUAGCGAAACACAGAGAUUUAGCAGAUAUAGAGCAACAGGAACAACAUAUGGUAAUCCCAUCUCAGCUCGAGGAGUCUAAGCUUAUUAAUUCCAUUGAUGAUCACUCGUCCAUGCUUGGGAUGAAUCGGCCAGAGGAUGACCGAGAAAACCCGUGGAGCUUUUGCUUGGAUGUGGGAGUUUACGACCCCCUCUUAGUCCCCGAUAUCCCCUUCGAAGAAGAUGGCAGGUUGCUUGAUUUAUUUGAUCAGACGGGUUUUGAAGAUAAUAUUGAUAUGAUCUUCGAGGGGGAAGGAAACUUGAUUAGUAUGGGUGGCACUUUCUUUGAUGGCACAGAGGUCAUAGGUUGUGAAACCAUAAUUAAAACUUCCGAGGAUUUAGAUAAGAAGAUUGAGACUUUGCCAAAGGUAGAGGAAAAUUCACUUUAUUUUUCUUCGUCGUCUCCAUCAUCACCUUCUUCAAUAACUAGCUUAGUCUCAUGUCAAUUGUAACGCUCAAAGAGCGUUUCUUUUCUAAUAACUGUUUUUUCCCCUUCCCCUUGUUCGUGUUUUUAGUUUAGUUAUGUUGUUUUCGGGUUUUCGUUGUAGUUCUAUAAGCAUUGUGUUUGCUGAGGUUUGUUUAGGCUUCUUUUUUAACCUUAAUUUAGGUGGUAAAUUGAUGCUGUUAUGACUUAUGAGUGGAUAGGAAGAAUUCCAAACAUGGCAUUGCUCUCUCUGUUGUAGGGAAAUUACAAAAAUUUUGUUUCAUCAAUUCAAGUUUUCGUAGUGUUGAAAGGAGAAAAAUGCAGAAAUUACUCAUGUUGUGUUUUAACGUAUUGGGUUUUGAACUAACUUUUAUUAUUCUGAUUUCGUUUGUUGAAAGCAAACUAAUGUGAAGAUUAUCUUAACUUGGUAAUGGACUCUCCGGGUCAAUUAAGUUAAGUUAGGUAAAGGGACUGUGGAAGCUGUCUUGUGUGGGUGGAAAGUGGAUAGGGAAAGUACACUGGAUAAUUUUUGUCUCCUCUUUCUAUACGGAUUGACAUCGUCACAAAUCACAAGUUUGAAGAUUUUUUUCUGGCCCAAUAUAGUGACUUAGUACUUGGGACCAAAUAUAGUGACUUGUUGGGAUAAGAUUUCUUGAUUUUUUUUUUUUUGCUAUUUAGUAAGAAAAAAUGCCCUUCUGAAUAGAGAUCAUGUACGGUCUAACAAUUAACAUGAAUUAGCUACACAAAUCGGCUCCUUGUGAGUAGGAGAAAUCUUACUUCCAUCCAUUGGGGUUUAAUCUAAAUUUUUUAUGUUCAUGGUUGUUGGAUACAAAUUUUUACCAUUAGAUAAAGAGUCUGUUUUGGGUGUAACAUGUGUUUUGGAUAAAUUUCACCGAAUAGGAUUAAUCUAUCAAUAAUAGUUUAGGAAAUCAAUCUAAAUGCUUAAGAAAUAAAUGAAGAACUAGAGAUCGUAUGUAUUGAAGAUAAUUUGAUGAGAAAAUACAAGAAUAUUGAGUAGUGAGCGAAUGAGUAGAGUGGAUUGCAACUGACGCCUUAUACAUGGCCACAUAAACUCUAUUUAUAAUAAAAGAUAUAGCUAAUAUUGUUACAAGUUGUUAUAAGUGACAAAGACUCCAGCUAACUAUCCCGUAGACUUAUGGCGAGUUUCUCUUGAUUACUUGAUUACCUCAAGUGCUUCAACGAGCUAUGACUUGGUUCAAUGCUGGAUUCCGCCACGUGCUUGCUGGUCAUGCAGGCUAAAUGAGGACAUGUCCUUAAUCCUCGUCACGUCCCUUAAUCUGGUCAGAUACAGGUAGAUUUUUUACCACACAACAAUUGUCCUUAAUUUCGCUUGAUUAAUUGUGCCAAAAAUUUCAAAAGUAAAAUUAUAACCAACCAUUACCCCCUUGAUGCGAUUAGUGCGCCUAGGAAUGCGCAAAAUCACUGCAACAUGUCUCUUAAUUGGAAAGUUAACCAUCAUUACACUUCAUUCAACUGCCCAUUUUUGCAACUCAUUUAUUAACCCAGUUUUGCACUUUCAAACUCACUUUCAAUCUUUUCACCUUUUGUCUCUCCCAGGUAACUUUCUCUCUAAACUUGUCUUUCACGCCAAUUUUGUUUUUACAAUACUUUCUUUGUUCUUUUUCCUUUUUCCAAUUGGGAAGAAAACCACUACUUCAAAGAGGAAGGCCGGGGAGGUCUAUAUUUCUUUGUCUUAUUUUGAAAAAGCGAGCAUAGCCUCUUCCCCCUUGACAUUCUUGAACCCGCAAACUCCAAACCAAAUCCUCUCUCUACUUCUGAUGUUGAAGAUCUGGUCAGCUCAAGAAUUUCCAUCUUUCCACUAUUUUCUUUGUGACCCAUGAGAGCGAGAGAGAGCCGACUGGACCAAAUCGGGGUGGUCGUGCUUUUAUGAAUACGCGUUCUUGAAUGGGGCCUGAAUCCCCUUCUCUACUCUAAUCAAGACAUUCCUUACUCACCUUGAAGUUGCUCGUUGCCAACUGAUGCUCAUGGUCUAGAGGGUCUUGGUCUCUGCUGAUAUUUUAGCCGAGCGAUUAGGGUUCAAUUUUACCCUAAGAGAUCUGGCAUAUACUUAUGCCAUCAAAAUUUAGGGGAAAGGCAGAAUUAGCCUGUCAACCCGAAACAAACGACAUUCCCUCGUUUUGAAGACUAACAUACAAGAUAGAGGGUGGAUGACCAUAUAUUUCUUUGUGGAAAUAGAUUCUCUAGGUGAAGAUAAUGGGUGGCUUCUUUCUAAUUGGAAGCUUAAGGGUAAGAAUUGUAAUUCUUUAUUUUGGAUUUUGAUUUUGGAUUAACUUCUCACUCCUUGUUUCUUUGCAAGAAUUUCUCUCGAGGUUGACGAAGAUUCUGCUAGGGCAAAAACCAAGGCUAUAUUGGACUUGGGUGAGGAAGCAAGAGAAUACUCACUAGCACCAGUUACCCUAGUAGAGGAUCUCCAAAUAAACGAACCCUCUUCAGGAAACAUGUCUUCAGACAUAUCAAAUAGCAAAAAAAGCCUCAAAGAAACGUCCUAUAGGGAAAUCAUCAAACCCAGGGUUGCCAAGAAGGCAAAGGUCGCCCAUGAUGUUGCUGCUGCUCUUGCCCAGGACGUCAAGCCUAUUGACCCUAGGCUUACUCCCAAGAGCAUGCCUCAUCCGUCAAGUUUUGCAACUCCUUCUCCGAAAGCGUCCACGUCUGCUACCGGUCCAAAUCGCCUGGAACAUGGCCUUGCUUGGCGAUUAUGGCAAUGAGUUCGAGCAUGUCACUGCUCUAUGGGCGUACAUUGAUUAGCUCCGAUUUUCCUGCAAGUAGAGCACACCACAACAAGGCCAAGCCAGAAAAUACUGCUACCGAAGCUGCCAGUGUGCCUUCCAAGUACUAUAUUACUACUCUUCAAUCCACCCUGGGCAAUGUUAAGAACAUCCUCUCCUAUCACAAGGAAUUGAAGAGGGUGAUUGGAGAGUUGUCCAACUCUUAGAACAAACUGAAGGGCUAGGAGAAGGCCUGGAAUGACAACAAGGAGCGCUUGGAGGCUGACAUUGCUGCUCUCAAGAGGGAGAAACAGUAAAAAGUUGUUGAGGAGCUUGAGAAGGUAAACCAAACCUUGGCAUCCAAAGAGAAGGAGCUAAAGAAGAAAGAAGAAGAUCUGGUCGACAAUGCCAUCUAUUAUGCCAUGAAGACCACUGUUGAGCUGAUGAAGGAGUUCAAGGAGGGUAAGGCUGAUACUUGGGAACCGGACCAGGCCAUUGAAGAGUAUGCCUAGGCCUAACAGAGGAAGGUGAUGCGCUCUCCAAAAAGAAAAAAGGUGAGCAGAUCAACCUAUGUGGUCAGCCAAAUGGAGAAGAUGACUAGAAGACUCCUGCUGCGGACCAGGUGAUGGCGGAGGUGAACCCUUAAGAGAAGACUAAAAAUGUAACCAUAGUUUGAUUAGAACAUAAUUUAAAACAAUAUUUACCUUUCGUUUGUUGAACAAUAGUUUUACCGUCUUGCCUAUAGGGGCGGACAAGUUUGUAAUUGUGUUUUCAUUGAACAAUUUCCUGCGUGUCCACUGUUUUGGUGGGGUUUGUCAAUUGCAUUUGCAUUUGCUUUUGUUUGUGUGAA